UACUAUGGGCCACUUUUUUGUGGUCCAUGGUUACACCACCUGCUUUUGACCUGCUAGUGCAGGUCCAGCAGGUAUUUUUAAAUUUUUAAAAAAUAAAAUACUUAAUAUAUUAUAUAUAAUUUGUUAUAUAGUUAGUAAUUUUCUUAAUGUUGAUUUGCACUAACUGAGUUAGGUAAUUGUAUCAGUAAAAAAAAAAAUUUGGAACAUAAUUAAUACAACUUAAACAAACUACUAAUUGGGUCAUGUAAUUAAUACAUACAACUUAAACAAACUAACACAAACUACAAUAAAUUUUCCCCUCCUUUCUAACUGAAAAUAACCCAAAUUCAUAUCCCGAUUCACCCCGAUUCAUUCACCCCAACUCCAGGACGGCUAGGGUUCAUGAGGUUUGAUUCUCAUCUUCAAAUCCUAUCCAGAUCUGACGCCUCCCUUCUCGGCAGCUUUCUUCUUUCUUCCUCAUCAACAGGUUCGUUGUCGCUUUUACCUUCUCAUUACUGCAUCUUCCUUCUGUGAAUGAUGUUGUAGAGGUUUUAUUGCUUUCACCUUCUAAUGAAUGUGUUCGAUCUGGGUUUCCUAUGCAGUAGUGUGGAACGGGUUGGUUAGGCGGUGGGAACGGGUUCGCUAGUGGGAACGGGUGGGUUCGGUGGCUGUUGAACAUGUCUUCCCAUACCCAGGAGUCUAGGUCGAACACUCUGAUAGAUGAUGCAGCACUUGGUUCCUCUGCGCUUCAGGGUCCUCAGCAUGUUGUUGGAGUAAUGGUUGAAGGAGGGGAAGGUGAUGUACAUGUCUUUGUUGAUGAGGAACAAGGGACUGAUGACGUUCAGGAAAGUGGAGAAGAAGGAGAAGAGCAAGGGACUGACUAUGAUGAAGAAGAUGAAAAAGAGUCUGAAAAUGGGGUUGAAGAACAAAAUGUUGAUGUGGAGCCGCCAACUGAGAUUGCUAUCAAUGGUUUAGAAGAUUUGGGGAUGGUAAAUUUCAAAGAACUAUCUGUCAAUAACAUAGUCACCUAUCACUUUCCGGAUCGUGAGGUUGCUUACUUGUUCUACAGUUGGUAUGCUCGGAUGCAUGGAUUUGCUGCGAGGAAGGCUAAGGUUCUAAAAAACAAUCACGGAGAUGUAAUCCAACAGAGAUUUGUUUGCUUCAGGGAGGGUAAAAGGAUAGAGAAAGCUGAGCCAGAGGUUGAUGCUCAUGCUGGUGAAAAGAGAAAGCGUUUUCCGAAAAAGGCCACAAGAUGUGAGUGUAAGGCUUAUUGUCAGGUCCAUGUUCAUAAGGAUAACAAGCGUUGGCAUGUUAGAUCUGUUUGUGAUGAUCAUAAUCAUGUACUUGUUGAAGAAAAUUUGAUUGGAUUGGCACCUACUCAUAGGAGAAUGAAUGAGGCCGACAUUACUCAAUUGAAUUGCUUUAGGAAGUCAGGCAUUACAACUCCACAGGCUUAUGGUGUGUUUGCCAACCAGAUGGGUGGAUAUCAAAAUGUUCCAUUUGGACCUAGACAAAUGUACAAUGAAAAAUUUAAAAAGAAGAAGGUGGAAGUAUGUGAUGCUAGAGGUGUGCUCGGUUUCUUACGUAAUUUGAAGGAAAAGGAUCCUGACUUGAUGUGGAAACACACCUUUAAUGAGGAAGGAAGGUUGGACAAGUUGUUUUGGAGUGAUGGAAUCAGCCGGGACAACUAUUUGUUGUUUGGGGAUGUGUUGGCAUUUGAUGCCACAUACAAGAAAAACAAGUACAAGCGGCCACUUGUGAUUUUCUCUGGAGCUAAUCAUCACAAUCAGACAAUUAUCUUUGCUGCAGCUUUAGUUUCUAAUGAGAAAGAGGAGACAUAUGUUUGGUUGCUUCAGAAUUUGUUAGAUGCAAUGCGGGGGAAAGAACCGGUAUCAGUGAUCACAGAUGGAGAUCCAGCAAUGAAAAAUGCGAUUAAAAGUGUGUUUCCAAAUGCGCAUCACAGGUUAUGUGCUUGGCAUCUUCUUCGGAAUGCAGUUAGCAAUGUUGCAGAACCAAAGUUUGUUCAAAUGUUUUCAAGAUGCAUGCUAUGGGAUCUUGAAAUUGUGGAGUUUGAGGACAGAUGGGCUCAAAUGGUUAUUGAAUGUGGGUGUGAAGACAAUGUUUGGGUUCAUGAUUUGUAUGAGCGGAGGAUGAUGUGGGCUGCUGCAUAUAUGCGGGGUGAAUUCUUUGCGGGCUUUCGUACAACCUCUCGGGUUGAGGGAUUACAUGCCCAAGUUGGGAAGUUUGUAGACUCAUGGAACAAUUUGACAGAUUUUAUGCACAACUUCUUUCGAUAUAUGAGUUAUCGGCGACAAAGGGAACUUGAAGCAGAUUUUGCAUCAAUGCACGGUGACCAUGUGCCGCAAACACAAUUGAAGAGGCUUGAAAAAUCAGCUUCCAACCAUUACACGAACAACAUUUUUAGGGUUGUCUCUAAGGGUCUUCACCGGUGUUUGAUGCUAAAGAUAUCUAGACCUGCCUGGAAUUCCCUCAUCAUUAAUUAUGGGGAGAUGGAGCAAGUAUGCAAAAGAUGGGCUUGA